GGCAGGAUGCUUGGCCCUUGCUUAUGCCCUGCCUCCAUGCUUGCUUUCCUUGGGGAGGUGCUUUAAGACCGGUUGGAUCUACACUCCCUGCACAACACUGAGUGGUUUGGCAGUUCGCCGUGCAAGAUGGGGAGGAAGCUGGAUCUCUCCAAGCUGACCGAUGAGGAGGCCAAGCAUGUCUGGGAGGUGGUUCGGCGUGACUUCGACCUGAGGAAGAAAGAGGAGGAGAGGUUGGAGGACCUGAAGUGCAAGAUAGACCAGGAAAGCAGCAAGAGAGAGUUCCUGACCCACCAGUCCCACCUGAACGAAACGCACUGCGUGCACUGCCUGCAGCCCUUCAAGUUCCUGCUGAACAGCAAGCGGCAGUGCCUGGAUUGUCGCUUCUACACCUGCAAGAGCUGCAGCCGCUACAACAAGAGGGAGCAGGGCUGGGUCUGUGACCCCUGCCGCCUCUCCAGGGUGGUGAAGAUCGGUUCCCUUGAGUGGUACUACGAGCACGUGCGGUCCCGUUUCAAGAGGUUUGGAAGUGCCAAGGUGCUGCAGUCCCUCUACGGCAGGCUGCAGCCAGGGCAGAAGGGGAAUUCAGCUCUUCUAGGUCUUCAUGACAGAGUUUACAGCCUGCCAGACAUCAACAGUGAAUGCCAGCUCCCUGCCAAUGGUGGCACUGGGGACGACAGUGGUGAUGAGGAUGAUGUGCUCCAUGGAGCUGAAGCAGAGUGCUACAACAGAAUGCGCAAGACAAAGCGCCUGCUGUCCGUGCACCCCUUUGAUUUUGAGCUGGACUCGGACUACUCUGCCCAGUCUCGCCGCCAGUCUGCCCAGCUCUCUCCAGUGGCCAUCAGCUCUGAUGCUUUCCAGUCCUUCCCAGAUUUCUCUGGCCCGGCUGAAGAUGCCCCCCAAGAGCCUCUUCCAGCUGGGGCUGACCUGGCAGCUGUGUUCCACAUCUUGAGAGAGCAGGAGCAGCACCUCAGCCCUCCGGAGCAGCACUUCAGCACAGAGGUUCGACUCACACUCAAUGCACGCAGAAGGAGCCUGGACAGAAGUUCAAAGUCUGGCAGCCCCUGGAUGGAGCAGUCCCGGUCCCCCUACUCUGCAGACAUGGACACCUCUGAUGAGGAUGUGAAGGGAGCUCCAAAGCUCGCUGCCUGCCUGCCUCACCACCUGAAACGCCGGAGCAGAGCCUCCUCCCAGGAGAACAUCAGCCACAACUCGGGAAGUCAGAUUCACGAGCUCAACAAACGCAUGUCAGUGAUUGAACGCGUGCUGAACCGCUUGGAGGAAAAAAUCCUGGUGCGCUCUGCUGAGUCUCCGGCCGCAGAGUCCCAGCUUGAUCCUGAUGUUGAGGAGGAGGAGUUGAAGAGGAAGCUGGAGGAGUUCACCAGCAACAUCAGCGACAGAGAAGUCUCUUCUGAAGAAGAGGAGCGUGAAGAGAGGAAGGGAGUGAAGAGACCUGAGAUGAGCUCCUCAAGUGAUGACAUGGCCAGUGAAGCUCGAAAGAGGUCCUCAGCUCAGGCUUUGAGUGAAAUCACGGCCAAAGCAUUGAGAGCCAUAAAUGCCACGGAGAGAGCUGCCUCUGAGUCACUGCAAGGACAGAGCUGGGGCAGUAGUGGCUGUGCCCUGCAUCUCAGCAUGGAGGAUGGGAAAGAGGCGGCUGAAGCAUACCGUGAGCUUGAGGAAAAUGUCUACCUGGCUGCUGGGAAGGCCUAUCAGCUGGAGACAACCCUGUCAGAGCUUGAGGAAGGGGCUCGGCACUGCGGCACAACAGACUCAGAGCUGUCGGAGCUGGAGGACAAAGUGGCUUCGGCAGCUGCACAGGUACAGCAGGCAGAGAGCGAGAUAUCGGAUAUCGAAUCUCGAAUCGCGGCUCUGUCUGCUGCGGGGCUGACGGUGAAGCCGGUGGAAAAGGCAAGGAAGAAAUCGAAUGGGCAGGCCUUCCACCUCUGCUCCCCCAACCCCACCAGCAGUCCAGGGGAGCCUUUGGAUGAUGUUAAGGCAAUGUCUGGGCCCCAGGUCCUUAGGAGGAGGUUCAACAGUCCCUUUGAAAUCACUGGUUUUGAUGACUCCUUUGACCGCAACUCGGUUUACCGCGGCUCGCUGACGCAGAGGAACCCCAAUGGGAAGAACAGGAGAGUGGAGCGUCUCUUUGCGAAGCCAGUGAUGACCCACUUGUCCUGAAGACACCCACCACUGCAUUUCAGUGACAGUGCAGGACCUCGGCACACAGCCUUCCCCCAGUGCUUGCCCUUCCUUCUCCCGUGGCCACAUCCCCCUGGAAGCUGGAAGAGAGAGGAGCAAGUUGCUGGAGUGCAGACAUAUGGCUGGAUAAUCAUGAGGACCACAUCUGUUUGGGCAGGAUGCUGCUCUCCUUGUCCCUUCCACUAGGGACACUGUGGGAACCACUGGUGGUGGUGCCGGAGGAAGGGUCCCUAUGGUAAAGCACAGUGUCCCAGGGCCAGAUGUGCAGCCCAGCACUGGUCCUGCCUCAUCUGUGGGGCAUCGCUUCCUUUUCCUGCGUGGGAGCUGCACUGCAUUGCUCCCAGCAAGCUCUUGGCCAAUGACUCUUUUCACUAAACCCAGUAGGUACAUGCUGAGGCUUCUUGCCUGAAGCAGCUGGGCUAAUGUGGGGGCAGGAGUGAGGUGAGGCUUGUGGGAAGAGGCAACAGCUUUCACAGGACCAGUGGGAAGAGAGGGCUUGGGGUCAAUCUGACCAGAAGUGCCUUCUUUCCCUGCAAGGUUCCAUCAGCAGGCUCAGAAGGAACCCAGCCCCAAGCUCUCCCCAGUCUGCAGAGAGAUCCCCUGGAGGUGUGCCUGUGUCCCCUAGAGGCUGCACUGGCCCUGAGCUCCUAGAAGGCAGCAACAGCACUGCUAGCACCCUCCCACUCACCCUGUUUUCCUCCACCUUCUGCUUCCACUAACUGGAGACUGGGGGGGAGAUUUUUGUUAAAAACUUCAGCUCAGUAUCUGCCUUGACCCCAGUAUGAAUUUGUAAGGUUUAGCUUCAGUCGUAGCAGAGAACUCACUAUCUAGGCAUUUCCUGCAGUCAUCCUCGAGCAGGGGUGUGAGGCUGGAGGCUGGAAACCUACCUACCAUCGAUGAAACAAAACCAGUUUUCAUUUUUUAAAGUGAAAUCCUUGUGGCCUAAAGUUCAAAUGGGGAAAGAGCCACAUUCGUUGCAGAGCAACUGCUUUCGCUCUCCCCAUAUUGCAAGCAGUUGAUGGUAC